CGGUUAGCAUCAUGUUGUUUGUCCGCACUCCAUUCCAAAAGACCAUGUGAGACCGCGAACUUCAAGCAUCGAAAAAAAAUAAAUGUUGGCCUCGCAUGAUCGGCGGCUGUCAGCUUACUGGCUGACUGAUAAUAUCAUCUGCCUGCUUGUUGAAAGUCCGAGCAAGUGGACCCCCACCAGCUUACUUAGUGUGAACCUCUUCCCCCCCGCAAGCCUACCCUCUGGCCUUGAGUUUCAAUUUUGGUUCUGCUUCACCCCAGCCACUUGAACCAAGCACUAUCUUCAAACAAACAUACGUACCAUACCGGUGUCUCUCCAAGCAACAUCAUCAUGGCGCCAACAUCUCCGACUGCCACCGCCUCUGCUACAGCUACCAUCCCGUUUCUCUAUCGAAUCAUCUUGCUCUAUAUCGAACCCCUCUUCGCAAUCAACGGCGCUUUCAUGGUCUUCUUUCAGCCAGCCAAAUACGCGGCCAUGAUGACGCGCGCAUCUGUGCCCUACGAUGCUCCCUCGCAAUAUCUCUACACGCAGAUUGGGAGUGGAUGGCUGUACUUUGCCUUCAUCCAAGCCGUUAUCCUUCGGCUGUAUGACGAUCUGCGUCUAUGGCAGCUGCUCUGUGUCGGCAUGCUCCUCAGUGAUGCUGGGUAUAGCUGGUCCGUGAUACAAGGGGUAGGCGGAUGGAGUCAGUGGAUCAAAGUUGGAGAAUGGGAAGCCUCAGAUUGGACCCUAUUUUGGGCAACUGUGCCUUUGGCAGUGAUCAGGGUUUUGGUUUUGCUUCAGAGUAUGGCCGGAGCGAGGAAGGGUGAAGUGAGGGCGAGGAUCGAUGAAAAGAGGAAGUGAAGCUUUUUGCUGGCAAACAAAGA